CUGGCUGGCUCGGGAAGACUCUUAUGGUGGUGGAUCCGCGGGCCCAGUCCAACCAGUGGAUCCAGUAGUGAGAGUGAGGAGAAUUGAACUGGUGCAGAUCAGCUGUUGAGGUUUCCAAUUAACUCCAGAAACCCACCGGGAGAAACAUGUCAGACUUAGAAGAGACACCACAUGAGGAUCUGGCAUCCAGAAGAAGCUCCAGCCCUCAGCAGCAGGAGAUCUCUGGUACUGUAAGCACUGACACUUUCGACACACACCUGCAAAACGAGACCCUUUACCGGUGUCCAGAGUGCGGGAAGAGCUUUAAUCAGCAGAGUAACCUGAGGAGACACCAGCUCAUUCACACUGGAGAGAAACCGUACUACUGUCCUGACUGCGGGAGGAGCUUCAACCGACGGGGGAAUCUCCAGCAGCACCAGCGCGUUCACACAGGUGAGAAACCGUAUCACUGCUCUGACUGUGGGAAGAGUUUCUCCCAGCAGAGUACUCUCAACACUCACCAGCGCAUUCACACCGGAGAGAAGCCCUUCUACUGCUCGGACUGCGGGAGGAGCUUCACCCAGCUCAGUAACCUGCAAGGCCAUCGCUGCGUUUACUCCCAGCUGAAGCCGUACUGCUGCUCAGAGUGCGGCAAGAGCUUCAACCAGCCCGGUCAUCUCCAGCUCCACCUGCUCGUUCACUCCGGAGAGAGGCCGCAUCACUGCUCAGAGUGCGGGAAGAGCUUCAACCGGAGGAACCAUCUCCAAACACACCAGCUCACCCACACCGGAGAGAAGAUCCAUCACUGCUCAGACUGCGGGAUGAGCUUCAACCGGAGAUACAACCUCAAAGCACACCAGCGCAUCCACACCGGAGAGAAGCUGUAUCAGUGCUCAGACUGCGGGAGGAGCUUCAACCAGCAGAGCACUGUUCAGAGACACCGGCGCAUCCACACUGGAGGGAAACAGUAUUACUGCUUUCCAUGUGGACAGAACUUCAGCCAUAUGACCAGCUUUAAAACACACCGGUGCUCUGGAAGGGAGGUGGAAACUCGUGAUGUGACGUGAUGUGAUCUAUGAGUUAAAUGAACAUUUACACUGUUAGUUUAUCUGACUCUCUUAUUCAAAGCUCUUAUAUUUGGAUUAUGUUGCACAAAUAGGAAAAUGUAGAGUUGGGAGUCUUGUCAAAGGACUCUUAUUGUCUACCAUGAGAAUUGAACCCCAGUCUUUUACAAGAAACUCUCUUCCUGUUUACUCUACACCAGGGUUUCUCAGUCAGUGGGGAAGGAAGCACUUUAUAGGGAGGAGGUCUGUAGCUAGACGGUACCUGCACUGCUGCUAAGACUGGCUGAUGCAUGGCGUUCAAAAGUUUAUCAGAAAUCAUCAUAAAUGUAUGUGUAUGACCAUUAGUGAUGGGACGAUACACUUUUUUCAGCUCCGAUCCGAUACCGAUAUAAAACUGAUAUAAGAUUGCCGAUACCGAUACAAAUACUGAUACUUUUAGUUUAUUAAUCGUACUAUGAUUAAGGUUAAAUAAUGAGGCUGAAACAGACCACACAGCCCUUUUAAGAGUAUCCACAGGUGCAUUUAAUGUAAAUGCAUUCAAAAGUCAUUUAUUUGACACACUUCAUAUGCAAUUACACAAUAGUUUCCUUUCAAAUAAAAUGUUUGAAUUUUUAUUAAAUAUAAAAAAAGUAAAAUAUUAAAUACGUUAAAUAUUAAAUUCAGGGCAUUUUUUGCAACGGUUGUGCAGGAGACUUUUAUUUUGACGGGUAGCGUAGAGGAUUAGCUGCAAUAGCUAACGGCUAACUGGCGAUGCUAACUGUAUUUCCGAGCUAAAUUAAUCACUGUUUUUUAAUAACAGAUUGAUUUCUUAGUGCUGGUUAGGGUUGGUAGGAUCUGUGGUUUGAUAUUAGAUGUGGAUUAUGGCUGUAGUUCACUUAAGAUAGUUAUUUAUUACAUUCACAAUGCCGGAAUGAUUUUGCUAGCUAGGCUAACAGACUGCAAAUCUUAAUGGAGAUGGCUAACGGCUAAGUGGCAAUGCUAACUGUAUUUCCGAACUAAAUUAAUGACUGUUUUUUAAUAACAGAUGGGUGUGUUUGUGCUGGUUAGUGUUUGUAGAUGCUCGGGUUUUAUAGGAUAUGUGGAUUAUGAAUAUAGUUUACUCCAGUCUGUAGUUCAUACCUUCACAACACCGGAAUGCAGCUGCUGUCAGUUCAGUGCUAGCUAGGCUAACAGACUGCUGGUGUUAAUCUGUUUACCUCUCAGACGCUGACUUUACGUGUACCGUUCUGCUGUACAGCGUUUCCAAAGUGAAAACUCUCCAGAUAAUGGACUUUUUUUGUAGAUAAACAGCUAAAGUUACUCAGUCAGCCGCAGACUGAAACUGCUCGGGGUUCAGGGUAAACUGUUAAACUGGAAUCCUGAUCAGGGAUGCGUUUUGUGUUAACGUUAUGGCGGGUUUAUUGUUCAGCUCAAGCUUUGGACUGGAAUAUGGAUCGGUAAGUGGAUCGGCAGCGCCCGCCCGAUAUCCGAUUCGUCGGAUUACGUCAAUAUCGGCCCCGAUACCGAUAUUGUAUCGGAUCGGUCCCAUCUCUAAUGACCAUGUGCAUCUGCAGCGCUGGACUUUGUUUAAUUCCCUGCAAAAAAAAACUGUCUUAAAAGUGCUGGGGCUGGAGCAAUGCAUCAAUGUAAUUGAAGUAAUCAAUUACAAAAUUAUGCUCCUUUGCAUAACCUGUGUUAAUGCAUAGACUACCCUGUCUACUGAUAGCAUGGGUUCAUCCGGAGAGCUGCACCUAAAAACUAAUUGCCCUUGUCCAGCUAAAGUAAACACACAAAAUCCACACUAACUGAAAUCAGCAGGGUGGGAUACUUUGAUACCCGUUUGAAUGCAGGGGUAUAAAAUAUAUUUACUUAUAAUAAUAUAAACUUAAUAAACACAGAUAAGACCACAAGUACAUCACGAGGCUAGGCAUUUCUCAGCCUACGUAGUCAUUUAGUACAGCACUGUGUAUAUAUCUCUUAUUUUGCAGAUACUCACAGUAAGAUUAUACAUGUAUAAUAUAAAUAACUGGCUUCAUAUAAUUUAUGAAAUCUUAUAAUUUUAUAAUAGCAAGAAUCACCUUCUCAUAAAGUCUUCAACUUUUGGGAAAAGUCAAAAUACACUGAGUACACUGAGUAAAGUAUACGGAAACAUCAUCCUCUCCUAUAGCACAGUUGAACCUGUAAGGGCGCUGCAGAGGUGAAAAUGACUGCAACAAAAGUGUUUUUAAAAGUUAGGAAAUGUUUCUAAAAAUUUUAAUCAGGACUGGUAUGUUUCAUUACUUCAGAGGAACUUCAGCUUUCAAUGAAAUAAAAAUAUAAUUUAGGGUUUAGUGCCUCUUUUAAUAUAUUUUAAAUGAAAAUUUAAUUAAAUUAAAUUAUGCUUGUGUUUUUCAUUUUUAUUUUUAUUUUAUUUAGUUCUAAUUUUAAUAUACUAACAACAUUUUAAUGAAUAAAUUAUAAAGUAAAGGAAUCUAAAGUGCUGUAUUGUGUUUUAUGCAGUGCAGUUAUGCGUUAGUCCACUAGGUGUCAGAAAAUGGCCUUUAUGUGUAAAGUCAAAACUUUACACAUACAUCUCUGGAAAAAAAUUAAGAGACCACCUUAAUUUCUAAAUCAUUUUCUCUAAUUGUGCUAUUUAUAGAUAUAUGUUUGAGUAAAAUGAACAUUGUUGUUUUAUUUUUAUGAACUACGGACAACAUUUCUCCAAAAUAAAAAUAUUGUCAUUUAGAGUUUAUUUGCAGAAAAUGAGAAAUGACUGAAUUAACAAAAAAGAUGCAGAGCUUUCAGACCUCAAAUAAUGAAAAGAAAACAAGUUCAUAUUCAUAAAGUUUUUAGAAUUCAGAAAUACAUUUUCGUGGAAAAGCCCUGGUUUUUAAUCACAGUUUUCAUGCAUCUUGGCAUGUUUUCCUUCACCAGUCUUACACACUGCUUUUGGAUAACUUUAUGCCUUUACUCCUGGUGCAAAAGUUCAGCUUGGUUUGAUGGCUUGUGAGCAUCCAUCUUCCUCUUGAUUAUAUUCCAGAUGUUUUCAAUUUAGUAAAACCAAAGAAACUCAUCAUUUUUAAGUGGUCUCUUAUUUUCUCCAGAGCUGUGUAUAAGUAUAUAUGGUAUUUUGAGCAUGUCUUACCCAGUUUGAAUAUAGUUUAUUUCAUUUUUCUUUCAACUUAUUCUGUUCUUGGUUUCUACAUUCCUUUACAUUUAGACUCACAAAUCCACAAUAAAUGUUCUAUAGAUUCCCUCAAACCUUCACACACAUCACUGAACUAAAUCUGUAAGAUAUAAGUGAUGAUUUUAAUUGUAGUUGAGCUGUUCCAUGAGUAUGAGUAAAAGCAGAAAGUGUGUGUGUGUGUGUGUGUGUGUGUGUAUGUGGAGUGUGUGUGGAGUGAGGAGGUCAGUGUUUACAGGUGAAUCUGAGGGGGCGGAGUUGUCCUGGCGGUUCAGCCGGUCGGACGGGUUUACCAGUUUCUGCUGAGCUUCAGAAAACAUUCAGCUUCAGUUACUGCAGAGUAACCAGAGUAACACAGACCUGCUAUUAUAAAUAGACCUGCUACAUGCAUUACUCUGUAGGUAGAAGUAUAGAUACUAGGGUUUAAAUUACUUCUGUAGUACUCUUUAAGUAAAAGUGUAAAAGUACUGGUUUCAAAACUACUUAAAGUAAAAGUACCGUGGGGGAAAAAUGCCAUUAAGAACAAACACUAAGGCUGUCCUAUAGUGAGUCUUAUAGUGCACUACCUCCCUCCCCAAAACACAUUUUUCUAAAAGCCAUAAUGACUGUAAUGUUAUAUUAAAAUGUUAAUGUUGAUACAUUUGGGAUGCACUAGGCUCCCUGUUUCAGCUUCAUAUAUGGCCAUUUAAAGUCAGUGAAUGUAUUUUAUUACUAGGUUAAACUGAUAGAUUGAAUUAUUGAUGAGAUGAUUGUUCAGACACUGUAGAACCAAAAUAAAUUUAUUCAAGAAGCAUUUACAAUAAACUCCUGGAUAUACAGUCCAUAACACUACAGUAUGUAAGAUAAAUAUAUUUAGAUUUUUGACUCUUAAUACAUUAAAAAUAUUUUUAACGCAAUGUGAAAAGUUAGCAAUCAAUUUAUCCAGCUCAUUGAUUUGCAUAGUGCAAUUAAGUCUGUUGUUAGAUAUAGUAGAUAUAGUUAGAUAUAGUAGCUGUUUAUUUAACUAUGUAACACUUGUAUCUUAUAACACCAUAUCAGCCACCACAGCACCUAAAAUACCCUAACAACCACCCUAGUAACCACCUGGUAUAUUAAGGCAGCCACCAAGUAACACCCUAGUAACACUAACCCUAACAACCACAUGAAACACCAUAGCAAUGCUCUAGAAAUGCCUGUGCGACCACUAGAAACUCUCCAGGAGCCAUCUAGAAACAUCACUGCAGCCUGGGAUACCAUAAAAAUAUAUAUAUUGUAUAUACACAUGUAUAUUAAGGAGAAAUUCUGAUGCUGAUUUCUUGGUAAAACCUUGGUUAAACUGUUUUUACUGUGAUCACCGUUUUAUAUGAGGUCCGACCGGUUUAACCAGUCUAAAAUAAGAAAUUUCAGACUGAACACUUUCGUUCACUCAGACAGACUGUUCUUUAUCUCACACUGAUCUUACCCUGCCUUUGACUUAGUUCAAUACAGAAAUGUACAUCAUCAAUACAUAAUUAACAAUUAAUUAACAAUGAAAAAAUAAUAAAGAAAUAAUUAAUUUAAAAUAUGAAUAGUAGUGUGUAUAAUGACUUACGAAUGCACAACGUGUUACGAAUGUAUAUUACAUAAUUAAUUUUUUUUUUCUAAUUAAAUGGCGCAGCAGCAAUAAUACACAGAAUAUAUGCAUUGAGUUAAAUAUAAACUGUUGUUGAUGUUUUAAUCAGAUUUAAUCAGUGAUGACGUUUGUUUUCUAGUAUUUUGGUCUCUCUCCAUUAAAAGAUGGUCUUGCCUAUAAGGACUUUAGUUAUAUACCUCUAAAAUCAUUCAGCUCUGUUAUUAGACAUUAUUUAAAAAUAAAAACAUAUCAGACUGCCUUUAUUGAGUUUCAUACAGCAUGUUAUCUGUGUUAUCUGUAAAACUGUUUACAUAAGUUUAAAUUUAAUUUCACUGUAAUUUAAAUUCAGAAACGUUUCCUGAUUAAAGCCUAGCUUCCAGCAGAGCAGAUUAUGAAGUGGUUUACCUGAGUCAGGUGUUUCAGUGCAGGGAAAACAUGAAAUUAGAUGCCAGAAUAAACGCUACAUCAGAUUCUUGUAUCGAGACUGAUGGAGGCAUCAGGGUUCACAUGACGUUUGUCUCUAAGCUGGAAUUUAAUGUGGUUUUGUAACUUUAAGCUUUGUGUGGAAUCAUCAGACUGGUUCCUACAGGCAAUGAUUUGUUGCCAGGUAUUCAAUGCUCUCAUUUUAAGUCAGGCAGUGGAGGAAUUAUGAAAGAAAGGAAAACAAUAUGAAUAACUAGACAACAAAAACUCUGAUUUUAACUGUUGAUAAAAGUUGAGCCGUUGUCUAACAGACAAACACGUUUCAAAAACUGCAUUGCUGCAUUAACUGCACUACCUUAUCCACUGCUUUGUGUGUUUAUAUUGUGUGUAAUAUACGUGACAUGCCAAAAAAAAAUAGAAAUAAGAAGUGUACAGAAGCGUCACAGUGUAGACUAUAGAGUUAGUUUAGAGCAGUGUCCUCUGUUUCCUCUGUUGUACAGGAUAUGUUCAUCAGCCACAGAAACCGCAAUUUAACAGCUCCCCAGAUAAGAGAACCUAAAUACUUCACAUUCUUUUUCUACCAAACUUAGGCAGACAAGUUUUGUGUGUGUGUGUGUGUGUGUGUGUUGAAGACGCUCACUGGGUCUAUUUACCAGUUUCACACCUGCAGAAUACCCAGAUACCUGUGAACACACACUAACACACUCUCACACACUAUUGUCUCCCAUCUGCUGGCUGCUGUUUAAUAUUGAAUGUUCUGUAAACACUGUAGUACUGUGUGACUGUAGUACUUUAUGACUAUGAAAUCUGAGACUGUGUUUAACACUGUUGCUAAAGAGCUUCAGCACAAACUAUAAACAGGGCUUUUUUAGGCCUAGACUUGGAUUAAACAAUUCUAGUGAAAGGAAAAUAUUGGAUCAGGAAACCAUAAACAAUAUCUUUUAACUUAAAUAGAGUAAAAUAUGUUUGCAGAGAACAGUUGUGUAUUUAUGAUUUCUUUUAUUUGAAUCAUUGAAAUUUGGAUUAUUAGCUUAUUAGUAUUAUGUUCCCAAAAUGCUCAUUGGGGUUAAUUAUACAUAUGUGAACUAAAGGAACCUGGUUUUACUUUCUUGUAUUUUGUUUUUUUUUUUGUUUUUCCAAUCAUGUGCUCUGAGAAACAGUGACAGCAGUUUCUGUCUUUGUUUGAACAAUUCCAGUAAUGCCAGUUUCUUCUUCUGAUGCAAAUAAACCAGUCGGGGCACAUAGCACUGUGUUCUCGAGGUGUAAAACAUCCUCAUCUGACGUUCUGACACCCAUUCAGGACAGAGACGGUACGAGAGCACUAUAGAGAGAGAGAGAGAACGUCUCGUGAGAAAGUCUCGUCCUCCAGUUCUUCUCCUUUCUCCUGUUGGAAGCGCCCGUCGCCAUGUCGUACACGGCCGGCUCCUACGUGGACAAGUCCUACGGGGGCCAAUCGUACUUAGGGAAGUCCCUCCCGGGCAGCGCCUACACGGGGUACGAUGACCAGACGGCCAAGACUCUGUACGAGGAGCAGCUCCAGAUGGAGAAGAAGAAGAGGAGGGAGGGCAUGCACUGCGAGGUGGUGGCCCUGGUCAUCGCCUUCGUGGGCUUAGUCGGCGUCGCUGCGGUGACGGGCCUUCCCAUGUGGAAGGUGACGGCCUUCAUCCAGGAGAACAUCAUAGUCAUGGAGACUCGCUGGGAGGGUCUGUGGAUGAACUGCUUUCGACAAGCCAACAUCCGGAUGCAGUGCAAAGUGUACGACUCCCUGCUGUACCUUCCGGCAGAGCUCCAGGCCGCCCGGGGCCUCAUGUGCAGUGCUGUGGCCCUGGCCGCCAUUGGCUUCAUCGUCGCAUCUGUGGGCAUGCGAUGCACUCGGCUGGUCGACUCUCGGCCGCGUGUCAAACAUGUCGUUCUGGUGACCGGAGGAUGCCUCUUCCUGGCUGCCUGCCUGGCCACCAUCAUCCCUGUCUCCUGGACGGCUCACGUCAUCAUCCAGGACUUCUACAACCCUCUGCUGCUGGACGCCCAGCGCAGGGAGCUGGGCGAGGCGCUCUACAUCGGCUGGGUGACAAGCGCCCUGCUCUUCAUCGCCGGAGUCAUCCUGCUGUGUCGACAUGCUCCCCGAACCCAGGACAAGGAGGACAUCUCGGUACUGUACCGGCCCGGCUCUGCUCCCUACACCUACAAACCUGGAUACACCUACCAACCCGCCUAUACCUACCAGCCGGGAUACAGCUACCAGCCAGCAUACACCGGCCCACCGCCACCAGGCUCAGUGGCCUACAGCCGGCCAGCCUACUGAAGCUGAAUAAGGACGGGUUCAGGUUUAGGUUCUUGGACCUAAAGAACUACAUGUAGAAAAAAAAAAACUUUGCAUCUUGGAUAUGCAUCUUCUGUGAGAUCCAGCUCACUUACUCACUUUUCACUAUUCUUCAUGCCUAGUAGUUCUGAAAGCUGAUUGAUUAAUUUACAAGUACCAGGUACCAACAGAUUAGAUAUUCCUAGGCUGAAUCUCAAACAGCUACUCCCUACUCGAAAAUGCACCAGAGCCUAGUAAAGUGAUCACUGACUGAUUUGACACAACUAUUUUUAGCAUUUGUAGGCCACCCCAAACUGAUUUAUGGUAUUAAAACAUUUAUUAUUAUAUUUACCCAAAAUAGGAUAGUGUAUUGUAGAUGAUCCUUUGUUUUAAGGUGAGAUGACGUAUAUACAUGAUAAAAUUGAUACUAAGCAGCAUUUAUUACAAACCUGUAAAAAGUUUUAUGGUUGUAAAACUGUAGGUUUAUUUAAAUUCUCAUAACUAACACCUAUAUACCUUCUUUAGAGUAAAGUCUUUUUUAAUUCUAUAAAUGAAUUUAAAUCCCCACCAAGACAUCAAAAAAUACCAGAGAGACCACAUACACUGUAAAAUAUUAAACUUACUUAUAUUAAACUAUCUUUGAAUUAGUUUUUUUUUUAUUGUUAAAGUUGAUUUAGAAAAGUGUCAGUAUAUACCGUAUAUUUUAAUAUUAAUUAACAAGAAUAAAUCUUGAAGAAAUUUGAUACCAAGCUCUCUUGCCCAAGAUAGACUUUUUACAUUGUAAACACUGCUGUGUUCACCUUGUAUAUAUUUAUUUAACGUUAUGUAACAUGUUCUCACUAAAACAAAGGUUGUCAAAGCAGUUAAUCAUGGACGGUGCAAUGCAUUACAUAGGAAUUACUCAGCCUUUUGAGAUUCAGCCCUAACUCCAUUAUUCAGACAAAACCUGCUCUUCAUUCCAUUGAAGUUAUGAAGAGUGUUAAAGAUCAGCAUACCAAAUGCAUUAACUCAUACAGCAGUUACCGUCAGAGAAUCUUUCCUUCUUAACAAGUCAGUGUUAAUCAAUCAUUUUAAAUGAAAAUAUCAAACUUGAUCUUAUAACACUAUUGUUAAAUUUGUUUUUGGUGAGAGAAUUACAUGGAACGUUUUGAAAGGAUAAAAUGUAAGAACUGUAAGAAUUUAUUUAUUUAUUUAUAUAUAUAUAUAUAUAUAUAUAUAUAUAUAUAUAUAUAUAUAUAUACACAAGAUUAUACAAUGACUGACUACUGAGCUCCUGAAGCUGGUCAAUCGCUUCCCCUAAGGACAUUUUUCCAAAUCGUAAAGUACUCUUAUUGUUCAAAUUUGUCAACUUUGUUUUUAAGCACUGUUAAAAUGAUAAAUCUAUGAUUUUAUAUGAAAAAAAUAAAAAUGAAAAAUAAAUAAAUAUAAACGUGUACAGACAAA